AUGGUGUCAACCAAGCUUAGCACCCCUCAGACGGGCGAGUAUGAGCAGCCCACUGGACUCUUCAUCAACAAUGAGUUCGUCAAGUCAGUCGAUGGCAAGACGUUCGAUGUCAUCAACCCCACCAACGAGGAAGUCAUCACCUCGGUCUACGAGGCCACCGAGAAGGAUGUCGACAUCGCCGUCGCCGCCGCCCGCAAAGCCUUCAACGGCCCAUGGCGGAGGGAGACCCCAGAGAACCGGGGCAAGCUCCUGGUCAAGCUCGCCGAGCUCUUUGAGGAGAACGCCUCCCUUCUCGCCGCUGUCGAGGCUCUCGACAACGGAAAGGCCUACUCCAUGGCCAUGACCGCCGAUAUCCCUGGCUGCGCUGGUUGCUUGAGGUACUUUGGAGGAUGGGCCGACAAGAUUGAGGGCAAGGUCGUCGACACGGCACCCGAUCACUUCAACUACAUCCGCAAGGAGCCCAUUGGUGUCUGCGGUCAGAUUAUCCCAUGGAACUUCCCCCUCCUCAUGUGGGCAUGGAAGAUUGGCCCUGCCAUUGCUUGCGGUAACACCGUCGUCCUCAAGACGGCCGAGCAAACCCCUCUCUCUGCCCUUGUUGCCUGCACGCUCAUCCAGAAGGCCGGUUUCCCACCGGGUGUCAUCAACGUCAUCUCGGGUUUCGGAAAGGUUGCCGGUGCCGCCAUGUCCUCGCACAUGGACAUUGACAAGAUUGCCUUUACCGGCUCGACUGUGGUCGGUCGCCAGAUCAUGAAGGCUGCUGCUGGAUCCAACCUGAAGAAGGUCACCCUCGAACUGGGUGGCAAGAGCCCCAACAUUGUCUUUGCCGACGCCGACUUGGAUGCGGCCAUCAACUGGGUCAACUUCGGCAUCUACUUCAACCACGGACAGGCUUGCUGUGCCGGUUCUCGUGUCUACGUAGAGGAGAGCAUCUACGACAAGUUCCUCGAGCGAUUCAGGGAACGCGCUGCACAGAACACUGUCGGUGACCCCUUCCACAAGGACACCUUCCAGGGACCCCAGGUAUCGCAACUUCAAUUCGACCGCAUCAUGGGCUAUAUUGAGGAAGGCAAGAAGUCUGGCGCCACGCUCGUGACGGGCGGCAAGCGCAAGGGCGACAAGGGCUACUUCAUCGAGCCCACCAUCUUCUCCAACGUGACGGAAGACAUGAAGAUUCAACAAGAAGAAAUCUUUGGCCCCGUCUGCACAGUCUCCAAGUUCAAGACCAAGGCCGAGGUGGUCCAGAUUGGAAACAACAGCACGUACGGACUGGCUGCCGCCGUGCACACCAACAACCUCAACACGGCCAUUGAGGUUGCCAAUGCACUCCGUGCCGGAACGGUGUGGGUCAACACGUACAACACGCUUCACUGGCAAUUGCCAUUCGGUGGCUACAAGGAGUCUGGUAUCGGCCGCGAGUUGGGCGAGGCGGCGCUGGACGGCUACUUGCAGACCAAGACUGUGUCGAUUCGCCUGGGCGAUGUUCUGUUUGGUUAA